AGCACAGAAGCAGGCAGUGAAGGAGGAAGCAAGUGAAGAAACUAAUCAUUCGAGAAGAGUGGUUCAACCUGAAGUCAAACUGAGAUGAGCGGACAAAUGAGUUUCUACUGCGGGCUCUUUCUUGUGUUCCUGAUCCAAGCCCAAGCUAGACCAAGAUCAGAUGAUAGCAUCCAGACCUUAUCCAGACUUUUGGAAGAUGAAUAUGGGCAGUACUUCCCCUCAGACGAGCUGAACAAUGAGGCACAAGAGAUAUCGCCAGGCGCUUCCGUUUCCGAAUUUAACGCUGACCUGUCCGAUUUGGAGUUUCCCUGGGAUCGCGAAGCCAGAGAGAUGGAGAGGCAGCCUACCCACCAGGAAGCAGUCCUGGACCGUAUCCUGAAAGAUCUCCGCAAUGGAAUUCUGCGGGGAAAUAAUUCAAAGAAGAAAAAAAGUAAGAAAUCACGGCCCUGCUUCGGAGUGAAGCUGGACAGAAUCGGGGCUAUGAGUAAUCUGGGCUGUUAGCGGCUUGUUUAAGGUCUGACUCCGAGAGCAACACUGCUGGUGCCGCCUGUUCAUCGAACUUCCCACAUUUAACUCACUCCUCUGAUUCUUGCUCCACAAACUCUGACAGAUGACAAGUAGUAUCCCACCUGUAGACUAAUUACAAGUUCGACUCUCGGAUGAAAUCCUUAAUGUACAGACAGUGCCAGCUGCUAUUUAAAGCAUAUUUAAUUCUAUUUAUAUUAAUUAUGAAACUAUUAAUUGUAACGUAUUCGUUAUUUUGUUGCUGUAAUACUGAAGGUCAGUCACUUGCUGUUAGUUCUGGUGCAGAAUAAACAAAGCCAUCAUUGGAGUUGAUAGAUUUAUCUUCAGUACAUGUAGACACGGUGUAUGGAACCAACUGCAGAAUAAAAUUUAAUGUAAAUGAA